CAACGUUGUUGCUCGAACGUUGUCGGGUGAAAUUAUACGUACAGCGCAACAUUGCUAUCGCUCAAUUUGCGAUACACAGAUAACUCCAAACAAUGAAGAUGCGAGCUACAAGUAUUAUCCAAUAUCAUAUAUAAAGUGAACUGUGAUAAGAAAAUACUGGAAGAAAUUUUAAGCGGUAAGAUGACAAAAAGAUGUUCCAAGCAAUAGAGGUUACUCGAAACGUUCUCCAAAUCAUUCUAUUUUAUUAUUCUAAUGUAAUCGGGAAACUGUGAACUCGAAUCUGACAAUCGUAUCGUAGACUUACUGUAAAUACUGACUACCUGAUAAAAGUUGACCUUUUUAAUUAGAAUUAAAGAUUUAUAAGCACCAUGAAGAAUAACGACGAAACUAUUUUGGAUAUACUUCAGGGACAUAAAACCAGCAAAUGGCCGUCAGCAAAACUCAUUAAAAUAUUCAUAGCGAGUACAAAACAAGAUUUUAUAAAUGAAAGGAGAAUACUUUUGGAAAAUGUUGGACCCGAAUUGCAAUCAGUUUUCGAUGAUCAUCAGCUAGAGGUGGAAUUAGUUGACAUGCAUUUCGGUGCAGGUGAAAAAGACUGUUACGAUCCUGAUUUAUUCCAGGAUCACUUAAACGAAAUCAGAAUCUGCCACAAAGUGUCCCGUGGAUGUUUUUUUGUGAGCCUAGUGGGAGAUAAGUAUGAUCCUUUGAUCGUUCCACAAAAAAUUGACUCGGAAAUAUUUUCAUCGUUAACAAUAGCAGCACGUAAUUUAGGAUUAAAUUUCGAAGUGUUUGAACAAUGCUACAGUAAAAGUUGUGAUGGGUACAUAUUAAAGGACAUUAGAUCUACAAGUUUUGAAAUUUGGAAACUUCAGUCGACAGAAUUAUUAAAUUUGAUGCAUACUUGUUCAGCCAAAAUGCCGGACACAUCAAAGAAAAAACUAAAUCAAUAUUUGAAGUCCAUCGUCGAACAACAAUUUCAUUUUGCCUUAGGUUUGGCUCCUGGAACAGCUCAUCACGUGGUAAGUGUUUUACGGGAAUUCGAACCAUCGAAUGUUUCAGAUGUAUCGAAUUUUUACAAGGAAAACAUGGAAUAUUCCGAUUCUCUCAAACGUUAUUGCUCCGAUCAGCUUAACGCAUUCAAGUCUCACAUAAAAAGUACGAUACCUGAGGAAAACAGAUUGUGUUUCCAUCUGUCAAAGCUUAUAUCGUGGUUGAGGCCAGUGACGGAACGUGGUGGAGGUUUAAUGAGCGACCUAGUCACUUCGGCUAUGGCUUGGUGUGACGGAUUUACUCUGCCAUUGGUAGUGCCCUUGAACGAUUGGCUCCAACCACCUCUACCCCAACAAUCGAAAGUGAUGACAACUCCCGAAGUUCGCUUAGUGGAAUGCACCCCCAACGCGCAACAUGUAGUUGUUGUUGUGGACACGGAUCCGCAAUUGUGGCAUAUUAUGACCAACCAAUUGGUGCAUACGUUUAAGGGCCACAAAGAUAAAGUCAAUUGCAUGGCCGUCACAAAACAGAGCCAGUAUUUGUUAACCGGAUCAGACGAUAUAAGCAUCAUAGUGUGGGACUUAAAAUCCUUAAGUUUAAGGCUUAAAAUAUGCGAGCAUAUAGCUCCGGUUCUGUGUAUUACGAGCGCCUUAAACAAUUCAGUUAUAAUAUCUGGAGGAGAAGACAGCAGCAUUAUUAUAAGCUCUCUGGGUACUGGUAAACUUGUUACGAAAAUUGAUCACCAUAGAGGCCCGGUUACUGCUAUUAAGGUAACAUCACAUGGGGAUAUUAUGGUUUCCGGUAGCAAGGACUGCAAGGUCUGUCUCUGGUCUUUAAAUAAUUACGCCCUAUUAAAUACAAUGACGUUUUGUUCGCCUUUGCAAAUACUGGACGUAUCUGCCGAUUCGAUUUUUUUAGCCGUUUGUUGUAAAGAUAAUAAAAUUUACAUUAAAACUUUAGCCACGGGUACAGACGUGCACACACUGGUAGAUCACAAAACAAAGGUUAAGUCCUUAUGCAUUACCCAAGACAGCUGUCGUAUUGUUUUGGGAUGUUCCGAUAAAAAAGUGUACAUCCACGAUAUUCACAGCGCGAAAUUGAAUAAGACAUUAACAGGGCAAAACGGCGAAGUCUCUGCUGUCAAAAUAAUGGAUAAAGAUGAUUUUCUGCUUACAGCUGGUGGCAACCGAGUAAUUUUUUACCCGUUCCGCAGUACGGACCAUAUUAAAAGUUUUCUAAAAGUGAAGAAGAAAUCCCACCACCAUUUAAGCGCGCAUCAAGGUUUUAUAACUUGCCUAGAUAUAUCUAGAGACGGGCAACUUUCCGUAACUGGAGCGACAGACCAGAUAGUAAAUAUAUGGCAGUUAAAUAAUCAGGAGCUUGUUCUCACAUUAAAUGGACACACAGGCCCAGUAACUGCCGUACAUUUUGCACCGAGCGCACUGUUUGUAGCUUCAGGAUCUGAGGAUAAAACUGUCAAAGUUUGGGGCUUAACUCUGGGUACACUUGUCUCUACAUUCUCGCGCCACCAGGCGGCGAUAUCGGCGAUAUUCGUAAUGAUGGAUUCGACUAGGAUAAUUUCAUCCGACAUUAACGACAACAUUUACAUCUGGCUGUCCGACAACGGAACUUUGCUGCAAUCGUAUUCAGGUCCACGCGAAUGCGUGAAAGUGACUACGAACAUGAAAUUUGCCGUCGCUACUAAUGGAGAUACCGCCUUGAAAAUAUGGUCGCUGGUGAAAGAUGACGAACGAUAUACAGUCAGUCAUUCGGAGGAAAUUACAUGUUUUGUCCUAACGAUUGAUUCGCAACAUAUAAUAACGGGCUCGAGGGAUAUGUCGCUAAAAGUCUGGCAGAUAGUCGGAGGGAAACUUUCUCAGGUUUUAAUUGGUCACACGGAUUCAGUUACUUGCACAGCAGUGGCGGUAUCAGACAAAACUCACGUGGUAUCUGGAAGCUACGAUAAUAACCUAAUCGUUUGGGACAUUAACACUGGGGCAGAUGUUCACACGUUAUCUGCCCAUCUGAGUUACGUCACGUGCUGUAAAAUGUCUGGCGAUGGAAGCAUCGUAAUAUCCGGUUCCGACGACAAAAGUAUCAUAAUAUGGGACACAAAGCAAGGUUUACAAUUAACUUCACUACAGUUGCAUUAUCCGAUAGUCGCUGUAGAGCCCACAUCCGACUUUUCCAGAAUAGCAGUUCUUUUGAAAGAUACGCAGUACAGUCCUAUUAUAUGCCUGCAUAACACUCCUGCAAAGUAUGUUAAAUUACCUACAUACUGCGCUCCAGAUAAGGAUGUUAUUGAAAAUCCGAAACCCGCACCGAAACGACAAAUGAAGAGACUGCUUAAAAAGGAAGUUUCGCUCGAUACGUACACUUGGCAGAAAAAAUACGCUCACUUAACUUCGAAUCUGGUAAUCCCGUCGAUAGAUGAAAGAUUCAAAAGACGAUUUUCUGUAUCCGCUAGUAUGGAAGAGAUCUCAAAAAUACCACAAACCGAGCAAAAGGGAAUGGGGUCAAAGCAAGCUUCGCUGGCUCAGUCGCAGCACUUCGAUCAGUUGGAAGCACUUUGGAACAAGAGGUCCCCUCCCAAUCGAAGGAAAUUACAUCAGUCCUUGUCUAAGCAGUCCUCACUGGCGGAAUCUCAAGUAUAUUCUUCGGACGAAGAUCAUAUCGACGGAGGUCCAUCUUAAGAUUUAGAUCUUUCAUAAUAGAAUAGUGUGCUUGCAACAGUUUUCAAGUAAAUUGUAACCUAUAUUUCAUCCCUACUCUCAUUCUGUUAAUCGCCACAGUUUACAUGCCUUCUACAGGGCGUUUUCUAAUCCAAUGUCGAUAUAUAUGUCAAACAACCUUGAUAUAUGGGUGUACUUGGUACUUUUUAGAUACAGAGUGGUAAAAAAUAAAAGAUUUUGAUCAGUAUUUUUGUAAACCUUGUUCAAUGAUGCCAUUUUCAGUGAAAUGAAACAAAUCAUACGUCUAUAAAAAGUCCUCUUGUUAAAAUAGAUCCAAAAUAAAUCAGUCCCAUAAAUACUGACAUUCGAUUAGAGGCCACCCUAUACACUCUUUAACGAAAGAAAUAUAUCUAUCACAAAUGUGAGACCUUGUACUUGACCUUUUACUUAGCUUAUCCAGUCUUAUAGUUAACUUUUACCCCUGGAGUAGAUGCAAGUGCUAUUAUAUACAGGGUGACUUACUAAGCGACUCUGUAUGUAGAUAUAACACGAUUGUGCUGGAAUGUGGUCUUUGAAGUGGACUAAAAUUUCUUUCGACAUUUAAAAAGAGUUUAGUCCACCAAAGAUUUUCUUUUUUCUUUUUAUUUCAAUUAGGUCUUCAAAAGAAGUAGAUAUAAAAAUGCAAAAAAUAAUAAGCACCCAAUAUAUAUAUGGCGAUGUAGAGAUCGCCUUUUCAAUAAUGCAAAUGAUAAUCUUGUCGACUAAGUGCUUUUCUACGACUGUUUUAGAUGUUCUGUGAAAAUAUUAUAUUUAUGUAUUAUAAUUUUGAUCAGUUUUACCCAAUAAAGGGGCAAAGCUCCCAAACACAAAAAAGGCAGAAUUGGGCCGGAAGGCUAUCAACACGUAUACAAUAUCGGUGUUAUUUUUAAUAAAAUUGCUAUUUGAAAAUGAUAAUGUACUGUUGAUUGUCUUCUAUUAUAUGCAGCCUAUCUUUGUGUAUGAGCCUGUAUUUAUUUUAUUGUUAAAUAUUAUGAACAUUAACUUCCCAUUCCAUCUCGUGAUUUUAGCUUGUUGUUUACCUAAACUUUAAUAAAUGAAUAUCAAAUGUUUUUCCCCGAUCCGGAAAUAUAUUUUAGCGAAGCAGUGCUGUUUUAAGUUUUUUUACAUUCUCAGGACCAAAAUGAUUAAUAAUCCUUCUAAGAGCGAAUGAAUAGUAUAUGUUAUUGUAACUACAAUUUAUAAAUUCAUAUUUUUAUAUUAAUUUAUUUAAUUCGAUAUAUUGUAUCACGUCCCUAAAUAUAAAAUUAAAUAAUUUUGUAGGUUAAAGCUAAAAAAAUGACCUCAUAUUUGUAAAUUGUGCGUAGCUCUCACUUAAUUGAUCAUUAUUUAUUACCAAGUUAAAUGAUAUUUUAUAUUGUUACUCCUUCAAGAAUGAAAUAACUAGCUUUAGCGGUCACUAAAAUUUACUUAACAAACCUAAAUAUUAUCACCUAAAUAAAUUUAACUAAACCGCGUAGAAUAAAUGGAGUCUUCAUCCUUCAAAUUCCAAAUGCUGUCUAAAAUGAACACUAAAAUCUCUCUAAACUAUUAAGCAAUAACAAUUAGGUAUGCGUAAACUCCCAUUUUAGGAUGAAAACUGGUAUGUGUAAAUCAUCAGUAUGUGUAAUAGAUAUUAGAUGGAAAACAAAAUAAAAUAUUUAGAAGCCCAAGUAGUUUGUUUAAAACAGUACUUAGACCCAGCG